AUGUCCGAUGAUGAAUUUGAAGGAUCUUCUCAAUCAGGCUCAGAAACGGGAAGCUCGAGCGAACUUGAAAAAUCCGCAGAUGAAGCUGAUAUGGAUGAAUCAGAGAUCGACAUGAGUCGCAACAAAACUGAUGACGAAGAUUCUGUACCUGUACUCCCUGAAAAGAAGAAACGACUGGUGGAUACACUAAGGGAAAAGGCGCUUCUCAAAAAUGCCAGUAAACCAAAGCUUGAGGCUGCUGCAGACUUCAUUGAUUUGGCAGAUGAAACGGCCAAGGUUCCAUGUAAGAUGGAUGUCAUUCUUAAUCACACGGUGUCUACUCCAAAGUCACAGCCAAGGCGAAGUAAGGGAUUUGUUUUAUUAAGGAUUAUGACCUAUAGAUUGGGCCUGCAUGAAAGCCGAAUUUUCUAAGAAGUUGGCAGAGGACAGACGACGAGGACUAAUCGAACGAAGGAAACAAUUCAACGAAGACAAUGAACUGUGGGAAGAUGAGGAAGAAGAAGAGUUUGACAUUGAUGAUGAAGAAGAGGUACGGGUGGAAAGCAAUCCUGAAGAGAAGGCUGAAAGUCCGAAAGCAGAGAAAGACGGUGAUUCGGACAAAGAAGAAUAUAAUGCUGAUGAGGAGGGAUCAGAUCAAGGAGAAAAUGAUGGGGAUGUCUCUGACGAUGAAAGACCCUUUGACGAUCAGGCUGAAAACAAUUCAAGAGAUAAUGAAGAACUCGAUGAAGAAGAAGAAGAUGACCUCACGGUUUCAGAUGAUUCUCAAGUGAAUGAAAAAAGGAAGGAGGUAGUAGAAGAUAUAGUCCGAGACGGUGGUUUAAUCGAUUGGGUAAGUAUGGCUUCUAAAUUAAUAUGUGUUUAGUCAGGUGAUUAUAAUCACCCGAUGGGUUCCCAAGAGGCCACCUUCUUUGUUGAUGAUGGCGUCAACAAAGAGUUGCUAAAAUCUAUUGCAUCUGAUGAUUUGGUCCGAGAAAUAGUAUUCGGAGAACUUUUAAACGUGCUUUCUGAUGCUGAGAUAUUUGAAAUUGAAACGGAAUUGGUGGGUUUCAAGACGGACGGGCCUUCAAUUUAUGAUCGGAUUAUGGAGAAAUUUGAAGAGGAAAAUGUACCUAAAAGGUUAGUUUUUUCGAUGAUAAGAUUUCACAUGUUUGUUUUUUUAGAUCUCGUAAAAGACGAUUGGAGGAGAUUUACUCAGAUGAAGAAGAAAUAAGUGAAAAUAAAAAGGCCAAUUUCGACGAUGAUCUUUUCCAAGUUGAAGAUAAUGAAGAAAUAAUCGAAACCUCUCAAGCAACGAGAGUUCAGUUGGAUGAUGACGAGGCAUUCAAGGCAAGGACAGCAGUGGAUAACCUUAGAUGGGAAAACGAAUCCGAUGUAUUCGAAGCCGAAGAUGCGGUUGAAUCACCAAGAAAGAAACGGUAUGUAACGCUGUACUUAUUACUAUUUUCAUAGAGAUUUACUCGAAGACGAGGCCGAAUUAUCGGGUUCUGAUGUAGGAAGUGAUGUUGAUGAUGAGGAGGAUAUUGGCGAUUAUAUGGCCGAGGAAGGGGACAACGACAAACUGGAUAUGGACGAGGUCAGGGGACAAAACAUGAAGACUUAUAUGAAGUUGAGAAGGGACGAGGACGAUCGAUUUGUGGAGAAAAUCCAAGAAGAAUUCGAUGUUCGAAAAGAAGAUCAAUGGGAUCGAAGUUUCAGACAACGGUUAAGGGAUUACGAUCAGAUCGAGCUGAAUGAUCUCUUCAAAGGAGAGGACCAAGACGAGAAUGAGACUGAUGACCCUGUGGUCUCUGUGAAGGCGCUUGAUGCCGUUGUGAAAAGAGUCCGAGAAGGGGUUGGAGAAUCUUUUGAGAGAAACGAAUUACCACAACUCAUCCUUGGGAAAGGUCUGUUUUAGUUACUAAAUGAGUCUAUUUUGCAAACCUUUAGGGGACAAGUCUUCUGCCAGUCUACGAGCACGGAAUUCUUUGUUGAAUCGCGAAUAA